GUCAAUUUCACAUCGGUCCAUGCAAUGCAAUGCAAUGCAAUGCAGUAGGACCUGUGAGCAGCAAUGAUGGUGAUGGGAUGAACAGCAGUGGUUGGGGUUUCUGCAGUGUCUGUCUGUCUGUCUGUGUCUCUCUCUGUCUUUAAAGGGGAGAGAAAAACAUGUGGAAUUGUCUAUUUUCACACCGUCACUUUGCAAUACAGUACAUUACAGUGGAUCUGUAAGUGACACACAGUGUGUGAUGGGGUGAACAGCGCUGGUUCAGGUGUGGGCAGUGUCUGUGUGGGGUGUCUGUCUGCAAAGGGGGACAGGAGCACUGUGUGGCAUUGUCAGCUUCACAUCGCGACAUGUACUGCAAUACACUGACAUCUGUAUACAAAUGCUCUCAGUCCAGCCAGACGCCAAGCCGAAGGGUUGUGCUGGCUGCAACCGCAAGAUUAAAGACCGCUACCUUCUGAAGGCUCUGGACAAAUAUUGGCAUGAAGACUGCCUGAAAUGUGCCUGCUGUGACUGCCGCCUAGGCGAGGUGGGCUCAACACUCUACACCAAAGCCAACCUCAUCCUUUGUCGCAGAGACUACUUGAGGUUGUUUGGAGUGACGGGAAACUGUGCUGCGUGCAGCAAGCUCAUUCCUGCCUUUGAGAUGGUCAUGAGAGCCAAGGACAAUGUUUAUCACCUGGACUGUUUCGCCUGUCAGCUGUGUAAUCAGAGGUUUUGCGUUGGAGAUAAAUUUUUCCUCAAGAACAAUAUGAUCCUGUGCCAGACAGAUUAUGAGGAAGGUUUGAUGAAAGAAGGUUAUGUAUCCCAAGUCCGCUGAUCCACAACCACUGUACUGUUAUCUAGUUUGAGCACUAACUUCUGUAUCGUUUAGUCGACAUGUAAAUAUGAAUUGAAACACAGAACUUUUAGAUUAGAUCCACAGUAGCAAGAUAUGGUGACAUGUUUGCAGUAAAGGUGAGGAGAAAAACAGUACAUAGUCAUUUUUGUUCCUGCUACAAGUUGAAUGUCCCUUACACGUACUGUAUAUAUUGAGCUUUCUGUCAGAGAGGAAAAUAAUUUUUUUGUUUGCUUGUUACAGUUUAUAAUUUUAUGUGUCAUUUGGCAUGAAAUGUUUAUUUUGGACAACUCUUGUACAUACUGUAUUGUAAUAUCGAGGCACAAAUGUAAUACAGUUUUAUUGUGUUAACAUUUGUGUUCAUCCUUGUUUGUACUGUUGCAUUUAGUACAAUCAGUGUUAAGAUUUAUUGUAUAAUUAUGCUUUCUGUAUUCUAUUAACGGAUUUUACCUGAGCUGUAACUUUCUAUUAAAAUAAUCAAACAGCAAUGCUCUGCACUUUAAUUUGUCUGCCAAUACAAUGCAUUUAACACCCAGAGACCUGGAAAGAGAGGAACGGAGCUUGAUCUAUACCUGAUGAGAUUGGUUAACUAAGUAGAUUUACCAAACAGCUGAUUCAAUAAAUAUUUUGUCUACCGGCUGACA